UUGAAUUCAUAUUGAUAACAACUUAUUUAUCAAAAUACGAUGAUGCGACUCCACUGAUCGACAUUCUGUUUAAGUUCAUCGUGAACAAAGAUAUGAAUAUUUUACGCACGUUUCUGCUUUUAUUCGUGGCUGGUACACUCGUGGCCGGUGCAAACGACACAACAAAAUAUCGAUUGCCUGAAGGAGUCAUACCGCUCGUGUACACCCUUAAAUUGCAACCUAUAUUUUCCCAAGAUUACUUCAAAGGUGAAGUUUAUAUAAACGUAAGGGUCCAAAGUCCAGUCCACUCCAUAUAUCUUCAUUGCAGCGAUCUGAACAUAAUUGAAGCGAAAAUUGUUGGAGACUUGAAGAAAGUUAAUUUUGAACUUGAAAAGAAAUAUCAACUCGUCAGGAUCUAUUACGAGAAUGAAGAAAACAUAUUGGCCGGAGAUUACCUACUUUACUUUAAGUACGAGGGUUCGUUGCUGCAGAGUGAUCAGAUGGGGCUCAACAAAGGAACAUAUUCACACAAAAAUGAGAAAGAGAUCCUGAUGAUAACAGAUUUCCAACCAACCCAUGCUCGAAGAGCCUUUCCAUGUUUUGAUGAACCAGCUUUAAAGGCUAUCUUCAAUGUUAGCAUUGUUACACCUGAUUCUUCUUGGAGAGCUCUGUCCAAUGCUGAGGAGAUUAGCCACGAAACGACCCCUGAAGGAGUCCUAUAUCAGUUCAAAAGCACACCUCUGAUUUCUGCUGAAUUGAUGUCAUUCGUAGUAACGAAGAUGGAUUAUUUGGAAAGAUCCUAUCCCCACAAAGAUGGUUCUUUGAAGAUCAGAACGUUUUUGGGUAAUGCUAAGGACGAAAAUCAAACUUAUAUCCUCGAUUUCACCGAUGCGUGUGUGCAGUACUAUGAAAGUUUCACAGGAGUGGAUUAUCCAAUGUCGAAAAUAGAUUUUAUCGAGUAUGACAAGAAGUUAACAGCAACUGAAUACUGGGGUCUAACAACUUUCAACGUCGGUCUCCUGAAUCCCACCCUGGAUCUGUACGAUUACUCCCAAAUUACAAUAGUGGUAGCUCACGAACUGACCCAUUAUUGGUUUGGGAAUUUAGUCACGAACAAAUGGUGGAACGACAUUUGGCUACAAGAAGGCUUUGCUCAGUAUUUAUCCCUCAAAGUGACAGAUAAACUACUCAAUUUCACAAAUGUUGAUGAGUAUCCUCUAAGUUACACAUCUACAGUGUUUCACCAUGAUGCAGAAAAUAAGGCAACACAGCCGGUAGUUUCUAAUUGUACUACACCGAAAGAUAUCAUGAUUCAAUUCAAUGACAUAACAUACAUUAAAGCAGGCAGUAUAAUUCGAUUAUUAGAUUAUUUAACUGGCGAUAAAGGUUUCCAGAAAAUAAUCCGGAAAUAUUUCAGAGACCACUCUUAUAAAUCUGCUAGUACCGAGGAUUUCAUAGCUGCAGUCGCUUCAGAAUCACCCGACAAACAUCUAAUAGAAUUCUUGGGAACCUGGUUGUACCAGAACAGGUUUCCUAUGAUCACCAUAGAAGAGGAUGAGGAAAAUAAGGUUUAUAGAUUACGACAAGAAUCUGCUUCGAAAUUCAAGGAAACUGAUAACUUAUCUCCUUAUGGGUACAAAUGGACUAUUCCUAUAAUAUACACCACUGAUAUCCAAAGAGAACCAAUAACUGUGUGGUUUAAGAAAGAUGACGCAUACAUAACUAUUCCAAAAACUAGCGAAGGGUUUAUAAAGUUGAAUUACAAGUUCAUGGGUAUUUAUUACACAAAUUACACAGCUAAAAUGUGGCACAACCUCAUAGACCAUGUCAAGUUACUGGACGAAAUCGAUCAAAUUGCAUUAACCUAUGAAGCAUUGAAUCUCUUCCAAGCUGACGUCAUAGACUGUGAUAUAGUUUUCAAAUUGAUAGAAAGAGUAGGAACAGAACAAAGGCACUACAGCAUUUCUCCUUUCAAUACACUAAUAACCUUGAAGGAUAAAAUGAUGUUUGAUCCUUCGAUCCACCCAAUUCUAAAGAAAUUCUACUAUGCCGUUCAUGCUAAAUCAAGGAUGUCUAGAAAGAAGCAACAAGUUAUUCUUAGAAGCCUUAGAAGGAAUAAAAGAAACAUUUUCUCCGCCGGAAAAGCAAACAUGGAAAUGGAAACUAAUGUUAACAUUGCUAACAACACAAAGGCUAAUAUUCCACCACACCCUAGAUAUAUUAAAUGUGCAAAAUGGGUGCACGAGAAUUUAAGCUACCUAAUUAAAUGAUCAUAAUUUUAUAGAACAUGAAAAUUUUAAACCAAUUUGUAGUAACUUAUUUCAUUAAUAAAAGUUUAUUCCUAAAA